AUGGCGACCGCUGACGGCGCCCCGCCGCGUUCGCUGUUCGUCCGCCAGGCGGUGUUCGUGUUCCCGGGACAGCAGUUCGACCCGAACUGCGUGCGCCUGGUGACUCGGAGUCGAGACGCAGCCACCGCGGUCGCCUACAUGCUGGGAUUCUUCAAGCUCGUCUGCGAGGAUGGAUACGAACAGGUGGUCCGCGCCAGCGACGUCGACGGCGUCUGGCUGGACGAGGUGCGCGUGAGCGGUGCCUUCGUGCGACGCCAGCUUCGCGCCCUGGGCGCCGACUCCGAGCCCCGGGCCACCAUGGACGACUUGUACGUGCUCCUGGGCGUGCUGCUGUGUAACCUGCCGCGCGCCCACGGCUCCAACAAAAACCGCGACUGGUUCCAGAACCGGAUCAACGACCUGGUCCGGCUGUUUCCCGGAGUCUCGGAGCCCCCUCCCGUGCCGCUGUACGGCGAGGAGCAGGCGGACGCCGUCUCCAACUUCGGCGAGCGGUGGCCCCGCACAAGGGCGGCCCUCUGCCGCGCCCUGCUCAGGAGCCGCUUCGAAGGCCCCAUGCGACUGGUACAGAACUACGUCUCCAUGUGUUGGCGCUUUGCUGGCAUGAAGCACGUCGAACUGAUCCUAGAGUACGUCAGGGGCCAGAACUCUUGGGUCCUGGACAUCAUCCCAGAGCUGCGCGGCAAGGGUGACAGACUCCAGACUGACGUGGUGAAUCGGGCCGCCAAUGUCAUCGCGGUGAGUUACGCGACUGUGUAG